GGGCCGCAAAGGGCGAGCGCACAUCGCGAACGCCGGCAUCACCAACGCAUCAUGCCGCCCUUAUCGGAAACGCGAGCGAGCCGCCGAUAACGCACAUAUUACACAAUAAUUAAUUCAACUUUGUGUGUCCGUUUACGCUGUGUGUACAAUAUUAAAUUUUGUGAGUAAAAAUAAGGGAUGCAAAAAAAUAUCAUGGGUGGAGGGUUGUCACCAAUAUGUGGCAUGUGCUGCAGACCCAUUCAGGAGCGUUUCCUUCUGCGUGUUUCUGAUAUUUCUUAUCAUGAGACUUGCCUGCAGUGUUGUGUUUGUUGCGAUCGUUUGUUGCAAACCUGCUUUGUCAAGGAUUCGAAACUUUACUGUCGGAUAGACUACGAACGAUUGUACAUAAAGAAAUGCCUCGGCUGUUCGGAGCGCAUCACGCCCGAAGAGCUGGUGAUGCGCGCCAGCGACAACAUCUUCCAUCUGCGCUGCUUCGUUUGCGUCGUCUGCGGCAUUCGCCUCCAGAAGGGCGAUCUGUACGUUAUCAAACAAGGACAGCUCUUCUGUCGGAUUGACUACGAGAAAGAAGUCGAGAUGUUGCAAGGCUACGGGCAUGGUGAUUUCCUAUGUGAUGAUAUGAUGCAAUCAUCACGAAGUCACGAUGGUCGACGUGGUCCAAAACGUCCACGGACAAUUCUUACCACUCAACAGCGUCGGGCUUUCAAAGCUUCCUUCGAGGUCAGUCCGAAACCAUGCCGUAAAGUACGUGAGACCCUCGCGAAGGAUACCGGCCUCAGUGUGCGGAUCGUCCAGGUAUGGUUCCAGAAUCAAAGGGCCAAGAUGAAAAAAAUACAGAAAAAAGCCCGACAGGAUAAUAAAACACCAAAAGACACAGACGACGAGAAGAAGGUCAACGUCAAGGAAGAAGAACAAAGUCCAACGUCCACACCAUUCUUCAAUGACAGCUGCAGCGAUACAGAAACCACGGGUGAUGUAGACCGUUUACACCAUCAUGCAGAAAGCAAACAUUUUCUACAUCAAAUCAAAGAGGAGAUUGAAAACGACGGAGGAGCGUUUUUCAAAUGCGGCGGUGCGAUGAGUCUCCAUCGACAGUUUACUGGUAUGCCCACAGUGGACAAACACGAUGAUAACUACGUGUAUGAUUCUGGGCAAACCGGCGGUAUGUUUAUGUUACCAUCAAUGGGUGCACAUCACGGUGGGAUGCAGGUUCAACAUCAUCACGUUGGUGUAUCAGGUGGGCUGGUUGGUCCUGGUGUUGGUGGCGGUGGUGGUGGUGGUGUUCUGAACCCAAUCGAUCGAUUAUACUCCAUGCAGAAUUCGUAUUUUUGUGCGGAAGAUGAGCAUAUUAUGGAUUAGCUUACUUUGCUUUUUGUUGUAUAAAUAAAUACCACACAGCACUUUUCGUAACUUUUGCAUGCAACUGCACCGUGCUUGUUACCUACAGGGUGUAAUCGAAUAUUUAUUAUCUACUUACUAGGUGUAUACAGGUUUAACAGUUUAAUAAAAACAUGCUUACAUAA